AUGACCAUGACCGAUAUGGAGAUGGACGCGGAGUGGAAGCCCUCGGGCAAGAUCCGACCGCAGUCGACCAUGGCGCAGGCCUUUUCCACAGCAUUGGACAGCGCUUUCAUGCUCGACAGUGAUGUCAACCAUCUCUCCCAGACCAUUGAUCAGAAGAAGCAACAGAUGAUGAUCCAGACUCGGGAACUCGAAGCUCUGCAAAAGCGCAUUCGUGAGGCCGAGGAGCGCCUUAAGGCACAGUCUUACCACUCCUCAUCCGCACCACAGACAGAACAGAGUGAGCAGGACCAGACAACCGCUCCCCCAGAAGGAUCGACCGACAACGAGCAGCAGCAAGCGGACGAACAGAAGGCGAAUGAGUCGUGA